AUGGCUACCCCUAGUGUCCUAGCUUUUGACGCUGAGGGUCGCGCCAUUGACUUUGAGGUCUGGAUAGACGACCUGCAGUUGUUUUUACAGUGCGAUAGGGCAAACGGCCUCUCUCUCUUUGACCUUACCUCUGGCGCCUCUCCUGCUCCUGCUGCUAAUGCUGAUCCCACUGUGCGCUCUCAGUGGGCCACCCGCGAUGCUGCUGCACGUCUUGCUGUGCGUCGCCACCUCCCUACCUCUGAGCGCGCGCACUUUAGUCAGUACAAGAGUGCUCAGACCUUGUACGACGCUAUAGUUGCGCGCUACUCCUCCCCUGCCACUGCUGCACUGAGCCGUCUCAUGCUUCCCUACCUCUUUCCUGGCCUCUCUGCCUUUCCCUUUGUCGCUGACCUCAUUACGCACCUCCGCACUAGUGACACUCGCUACCGCGCCGCCCUUCCUGAUGAAUUCUGCGCUAAGACCCCCCCCCCCAUGUACAUCACUCUCUACUACGUAGUCGCACGCCUCCCUGACUCCCUUCGCGUAGUCAGGGACCACUUUCUCGCAGUCUGUCCCACCACCCUCACCGUCGACGUCCUCGAGAAGGCCCUCCUCGCAGCGGAGAAGAGCAUAGUCGCUGUAGGAGCUUCUCGUGGUGACCCUCGCACCCCCAUCUUUGAGGGGUGCUCUCCUUCCCCCUUGCUGCCCUCUGUUGCCUCUGCUGCUGCUGCCGACCUGCUUGGUCUUGAGUCGGUCGGCGCGGCGUCUGCCCCUAGUGGGAGACGUCGCUCUGGCAAGGGCAAGGGGGGCAAGGGCGCGGGUGGAGCUGGAGGGGGCGGUGGCGGUGGCGGCGGAGGCGGCGGAGGGAGUGGGGGUGGUGGCGGGAGUAGUGGCGGGGGUGGUGGUGGUGGUGGCAGCAGCGGCGGAGGCGGCGGUGGUGGUGGCAGCGGUGGUGGUGGAGGCAGCGGCGGAGGUGGAGGCGGCGGAGGAGGUAGCGGAGGAGGCGGUGGUGGUGGAGGGGGUGGAGCUGGUCGGGGUGGUACCCAGCAGCGGAGCGGCGGCGGUGGUGGCCAGCGCUCGCAGCAGCAGCAGCAGCAGCGUUCGCGGGACAUCCCUCCGCCUCAGCAGCUUCGUGAGUGGUUCACUCAGCGUCAGAGGGGUGAGGGUACUGGUCCUUGCACCUACGUCCUUCGUUCCGGCGACCACGCGGUUGAGCAGUGUGGGGGUGCCCACCCCACCCAGCGCUGCUUUGGCCGCCUGACGGACGCUUGGCGUCAGCAGUUCCCCGGGGCUAGUGAGAUCCCUCGCUGGGAUGAGCUUCUUAGGGCUGGUGUAGCGAUCUUUGAUCUUGAUUUUGAUGCUAUCCUUGCUGCUAUGUAUGCUGUGACUAUUAGUGAGGAGACUGAGGGUUACCGGUGUUUCCAGCCCGACCCGGGCAUUGGUACUGCUGCGCUAGGUGCUUGUGAGGCUGCUGCUCUAGGUGCCAGUGCGUCUGCGCUCUCGGGUACUGGUGAGACUGCGCUCUCAGGUACUGCGUCGCCCUCGUCCUCCCUUACUUUCACACUUGACUCUGGGGCUUCUCGCUCCUUCUUUCGAGACCGCACCACCCUUACGCCACUUGGCCGGCCGGUUGCCGUCUCCCUGGCUGACCCCUCUGGGGGUCCUGUCCUCUCUCACUUCUCCACUGUCCUCCCGUGUCCGGCUGCCCCUUCGGGCACCCUGUCUGGUCUAUACCUUCCCUCGUUCUCUACGAACUUGGUGAGUGGCGCGGACCUGCAGGAUGUGGGGGUUCACCAGUUCACUCCUGCGAGUCAGCGGGUGACCCACUGCAUGGAGGCACGCACAGGCCGACACCUGGCCACGUUCUCGCGUCGGCCGGGGUCGAGUCUCUACACCCUGACCGUUGAGUCUCCUCCUGUCCCUGCGUCUGGUCAGGUAGCUGCGUCAGGUCAGGUGCUUGCUGCUGCGUCCCGGUCAGGUCCUGAGUCUGCCCCCUGUGCUUGUCGCCUUCUGUCUCACGAGACUCUCCUGUGGCACCACCGUCUUGACCACUCCUCCUUGCCCCGUCUUCGGAGCAUGGCUUCCCGUGUCCUUGUCUCUGGUCUUCCCCAGUCUCUCCCUCCCCUUCCCUCCGGGCCAGGACCUUCCUGUGUCCCCUGUGUCGAGGGUCGCCUCCGGGCUGCUCCUCACUCCUCCCAGUUCCCCCCGACAGAGGCUCCUCUGCAGACGCUUCACAUGGACGUGUGGGGCCCAACCCCCGUCCGUGGGCAGGGUCACGAGCGCUACUUUCUGUUAGUGGUUGACGACUACUCGCGUUACACCACAGUCCUCCCCUUGCGCAGCAAGGGUGCUGUCACUGAGGUGCUGAUCGACUGGAUCCGCGAGGCUCGUCUCCAGCUCAGGAAGAGCUUCGGCUCGGACUUUCCUGUUCUGCGUCUGCACUCGGACAGAGGCGGAGAGUUCUCCUCGCGCCUUUUGCGAGACUACUGUCGUGCACGGGGGAUCCGCCAGACCUUCACGCUUCCGGACUCUCCACAACAAAAUGGGAUUGCUGAGCGCCGCAUUGGCAUGGUCAUGGAUGUCGCUCGUACGUCCAUGAUGCAUGCGGCUGCCCCCCAUUUUCUGUGGCCGUUUGCGGUGAGGUACGCGGCGCAUCAGCUCAACCUUCACCCCCGGGUCUCUCGGCCCGCGAUGUCCCCAGUCUCGCUGUGGACGGGGAAGGUUGGCGAUGCGUCGGCGUUCCGUGUCUGGGGAUCUCGGGCGUUUGUCCGCGACUUGUCUGCGGACAAGCUGUCCCCUCGUGCUGCUCCCUGUGUCUUCCUUGGCUUCCCAACAGACGCUCCCGGGUGGCAGUUUUACCACCCCUCCUCUCGUCGUGUUCUGUCCUCUCAGGACGUCACGUUUGGCGAGUCAGUCCCCUUCUACCGCCUCUUCCCCUACCGCACUCCAUCCCUCCCCCCUCCGCCGGACUUCCUUGUGCCAGUUCCCCCCCCGGUAGACCCCCUCCCCCCUCAGGUUCCUGCCCCCUCAGGUGUGUCCCAGGUAGACGCAGUUGACCCGGUCGAGGUUACUGGUGACUCUGGUGCUGCUGCGGGUGCUGAGCCUGGGGGUGCUGACUCUGGGGGUGCUGAGCCUGGGGGUGCUGGGCCUGGGGGUACUACUGCGGAGGGUGCUGAGCCAGGGGGUGCUGUGCCUGGAGCUGCUGAGCCUGGGGGUGCUAAGUUGGGAGCUGCUGAGCUUGGGGGUGCUGAGCCUGGGGGUACUACUGCGGAGGGUGCUGAGCCGGGGGGUGCUGUGCGUGAAGCUGCUGAGCCUGGGGGUGCUGAGUUGGGAACUGCUGAGCCUGGGGGUGCUGAGCUUGGGGUUUCUCCCGCUGCUGCGUCUCGACGGGAGCCCCUCUCUCCACAGGAGCUGCGCGAGUGGUUUGCUCGCCGCUGGAGGCGUGCUGCUGGAGCUAGAGCUUCUUCGACCGUCGAGGGUGCUGGUGCUGCCGGUCCCGGAGCUGCUGGGCCUGCGGGUCCUCCUGGAGCUGGAGCUGCUGAGGGUGUUGGUGCUGAGACCACUGCUGUCUGUCCUCGCGGUGGUUCUGCUGCUGGUACUGCUGGAGGUCCUGCCGCUGGAGGUGUUGGUGGCGCUGGUACUUUCGCUGAGGGUGCUGGUGCUGUCCCUGCUGAGUCUGGAGCUGCCGCGCGGCCUCGGCCGUACUUCGUUCCGCUCCUGGAGCAGCGUCGUGAGCCUGCGUCUCGUCCCGCGUCGCCUGUUCGUUCUGCUCGUACUAGUGGUCGCGGUUCGCGUCAGCGUCCUCCUCCUGUCCCUGGCACGCACCGGAUGUCUCUGCGUCCGUCCACUGCUCCUCUGCGUGCCCCUUUGCCUUCUCCUCCUGAGUCCUCUCUUCCUGUGCUUGCCGACCCUGAGUCGGACUCUCUUCGUGCUGCCAGUCCUACUGUCACGCGUCUGCUUGCUACUGUCGUCACUGACCCCUCGUUUGAGUCCACUGCUGCGUCUGCUCUUGUCGCUGAGCUCGUCGACUUUGCUGCUCGCUGUCGCCUAGACUACGCUGCUAGUCUUGUUGCCGAGUCUGCGUCUGUCUGUCCUACGUCCGUCGGGGGUGAGUGUGCUCUUGGCACGGACGUCCUAGAGGACACGCAGGAGGAGUUACAGUGUCUGGCUGCUGCUUCACCUCAUCUCGCGUCUGUACUGCUUGCUCCUGAGGGAGACCCGGAUGCACUAGACAUCCCGACUCCGCGCUCUUACGCGGAGGCCGUAGAGGUUCCCCCUCCUGGGGCGAACAUCGUCAGUGUCAUGUGGAUCUUCCGGGUGAAGCGGCCGCCGGGCUCUCCACCUGUCUUCAAGUCGCGGUACGUUGCUCGUGGCUUCAGUCAGCGGCAGGGAGUUGACUACUUUCAGACCUUCUCUCCCACCCAGAAGAUGACCACUCUUUGGGUGCUGCUGCACAUAGCCGCUCAGCGCGACUACGAGCUUCACUCUCUCGACUUCAGCACUGCGUUCCUGCAGGGUAGCCUGCACGAGGAGAUCUGGCUGCGCCGUCCACCUGGCUUCACUGAGACUUUCCCUCCUGGCACCCAGUGGAGCCUCCGACGGCCAGUCUACGGUCUCCGCCAGGCACCGCGUGAGUGGCACGACACACUGAGGACUACGCUUGCGGCUCUUGGGUUUGCUCCGUCUACUGCUGACCCGUCGCUGUUUAUGCGCACCGACACUUCACUGCCGCCGUUCUACAUCCUCGUGUACGUCGACGACUUGGUCUUUGCCACAGCGGACACUGCUGGACUCGCCUACGUGAAGUCCGAGCUACUGAAGAGACACACGUGCACAGACCUGGGUGAACUGCGCAGCUACCUUGGCUUGCAGAUCACUCGGGACAGAGCACGCCGCACCAUCACCUUGACUCAGUCACACAUGGUGCAGCAAGUCCUUCAGCGCUUCGACUUCACGUACUCCUCGCCUCAGGCCACUCCUCUGUCUACUCGCCACUCACUCUUAGCUCUGCCUUCGGAUGAGUCCGUAGAGUCGAGUGGCCCGUACCCAGAGCUUGUUGGCUGCCUCAUGUACCUAAUGACCUGCACUCGACCUGACCUUGCAUACCCUCUGAGCAUUCUUGCACGCUAUGUUGCUCCUGGGAGACACCGACCAGAGCACAUGGCUGCAGCGAAGAGGGUAUUGCGCUACCUGUGCAGUACGUCGGGCAUGGGGCUAGUGCUUGGAGGGCGGAGUCCAGUGGUCCUUACAGGCCACGCGGACGCUUCUUGGGCUGACGACCAGGCUACGCAGCGGUCGUCACAGGGUUACACCUUCAGUCUUGGUUCCGGCUCUGUCUCGUGGCGGUCUACUCGUUCGUCUUUGGUUCUCAGCUCCAGUUGUGAGGCUGAGAUCUACGCCGGGGCCAUGGCUGCACAGGAGCUUCGCUGGCUCACCUACCUGCUGACUGACCUUGGAGAGCCGCCUCGUUCUCCUCCAGUGCUGUACGUAGACAACAAGGCCAUGCUGGCCUUGUGUCGAGAGCAGCGCUUGGAGCACAGAACGAAGCACAAUGCUCUCCGUUACUUCCUUGCUCGUGAGCUGCAGCAGCGUGAGAUGGAUGCUUCUAAGGAGGCGCCUGUGGUUGGCAAUGAAGGGGAUAAUGUUGCUGCUACUGUUGUUGCUGACAUUGAUCUUAACCAAGAUGAGUUCUUGGAUGACCUGGAGAUCAAUGGCAGUGAAGCUAAAGCUAAGGCUGGUGCUGAUAAUGAGGAUGAGGCCGAUACUAACGAGGGUGUCUCCAAUGAGACUAAGGACGGUGCGCUCAAGACCUUGAUUGAGGAGCUGAUCAAGGAAGUGCAGCUGAUCCCUAAGGGCACCUCCAACUUCAUUCUAGACCUGCAGAACACUCUCAAGUUCGUGCAAGGGCAGCUCAACAAGCAUCAGACUCUCAUCUCCCAGCUUCAGGCUCAGUACAAGGAGAUCCGGCGUGGCAACAUUUAUCAGCCUCCUCCUGCAGCUGAGCGUGCCGCAGCUUCCACCAAUAGCCGUGCUGAACCUGCUGUCACACCUUCUGAUGUCUCCCCUACUGCUCGAGCACGUAUUGAGCCUCCUGCUGCAGCUGCAACUGCCUUUGGCUCCUGCCCUUUGGCCCUGCCUCGUUUUGUCCACGGCAAGACCGAUGUCAAGAUUUGGCUCUCCAUUGCGGAGGACUUCAUGUCCGUCCACAAUGUGCGUAGCGAGGCUCGCGUGGUCGCAGCGACCCUUGCCUUGGAUGACACGGCGAGCAAGUUGGUGUAUGCCAACGAGCGCCACGCAGAGGCAAAUGGCCAUCCUUUUGGCUGGGAGGAGUUCAAAACUGCUAUGCUGACGGCAUUCCUGAGUCAACCCCCGGCGCUCGAGGUGCGUAGCCGCCUAGAGAACAUCCAGUGCGGUGACCAGCCUGUACACGAGUAUGCCAAGGAGUUCGAGAAAACUCUGUCGCUGCUGAAGACCGCUUUUCCUGAGAGCGAGGUCAUCCACCAGUUUUUCGAGCACAUUAAGCGUGUGCACGUUGUUCGAGGGGAGCACCAGUGGAAGACCUACAAGGAGUGCAAGGAGCAUGUCAUUGACACGAAUGUGAAUUUUCGUGCGUACAUGAGUCACGCUCGUGCUCAGCAGCCGCCUAGUGUCGAAGGCCCUUAG